CACCACCACCACCACCACCACAACACUCUUUUUGCCGCCGCCGGAAAUCACUUCCUCGGUGAUCAUGGCCACCGCCGGUCAAUUUUCCAAGAAAAAUCCUCUCUUCUGUCUUUCAAGAGCUCCCUUCCACUUCAAUCUCAAUCCCUCCUCUCCAAUUGGAAUGUGUCGACCUUAGUUUGCGAUUUCGUCGGAGUCGUCUGUGACCGCUGGCGCCUCCACGUCGUCCGUCUGCAGCUCGGCGGCCUCCUCGUCCCUGGCGGCGGCCGCCUCUCCCCGUCCCUUGCCAACCUCACCGCACUCCGUGAGCUCAACCUCUCCGAUAACCUCCUAACGGGCCCCAUCCCCGCCGAGCUCUCCAACCUCACCGCACUCAACGAGCUCGACCUCUCCGAUAACCUCCUAACCGGCCCCAUCCCCGCCGAGCUCUCCAACCUCCGUCACCUCGUUUUCCUCAAUCUCUUAGGAAACCAACUUCAUGGUCCUAUCCCUCACUCCCUCUCCUUUCUCGCUAACCUUAGAUUUCUCGAACUCUCGAGCAACAACUUAACCGGUCCAAUUCCGGCUAGCAUACUUUGCAACUGCACCAAGUUGGGUGUUAUCGACCUCUCGAACAACUCUCUCUCCGGUGACAUCCCGGCGGAUAACGCGAUCAAUCUCACUGUAUUGGUCUCUCUUGAUCUAUACAUGAACAACUUGACAGGGAAGCUUCCUUUGUGGCUCUCAAAUUCAGUAUACUUGCACAAUCUGGAUGUUGAGAAUAACCACCUUUCAGAUGAGUUGCCUAGUGAGAUCAUAGCAAACAUGACUGUUCUUAAAUACCUUCACUUAUCAGACAACCACUUCUCAAGCCACAACAACAACACUGAUCUUGGGCCAUUUUUCCGAGCUCUCGCCAACUGCUCAAGUUUGAUUGAGAUCGAGAUGGCCCGGCUAGGCCUCGGAGGGGUACUCCCUCACGGAGCUAUGGGUCAGCUCACGCGAAGCUUAAAUCACAUCAACCUAGAAGAUAACAUGGUAUCAGGGCCGAUCCCCGCCGACAUCAGCGAUGUUUCGAACCUCACGCUGUUGAAUUUGUCGAGCAACCUUUUGAACGGGACGAUUCCAAUCGGGCUAGGCCAACUUGCGAAUCUAGAGCGGCUAAUCUUGUCGAACAACUCGUUGAGUGGCACGAUUCCUUCGGAAAUCGGAAACAUAAGCGCGAUUGGUCUACUAGACUUGUCGGAGAACAUGCUGUCGGGGGAGAUGCCGAGCACUAUCGGAGAUCGUGGUCGGCUCGUGGAAGUUCAUCUGCAGAAGAAUCAGCUAUCAGGUGCCAUACCAACUAGUCUCGGAAAGUGCUUGAGCUUGAACAUACUGGACCUAUCUUACAAUAGACUAACAGGUAGUAUACCUGAGGAAGUAUCAGGGAUUGUGAAAAUAUCCCUCAAUUUAUCACACAACCAACUUGUUGGGCCCUUGCCAUUUGGGCUCAGCAAAAUGGAACAGGUGGAAGAGAUUGAUCUCUCUUCAAACAACCUAAGUGGUGUGAUUAUCCCUCAACUAUCAUCAUGUAAGGAGCUAAAGUUGAUCAAUUUCUCGCAUAAUUCGCUUCAAGGGAAGGUGCCUGAUUCAUUUGGUGAGCUCAGAAACCUCGAGGCCCUCGAUCUUUCGUUCAAUUUAUUAUCUGGGGAGAUCCCUUUGAGCCUUAACACAUGUACCAAUCUCACUUCUCUUAAUCUCUCAUACAAUGACUUUAGUGGGUAUAUUCCUGUUGGUGGCAUCUUCUCUUCAUUCAGUAACCUAUCUUACAUAGGAAACCCGCACCUCUGCGGGCCGCUUUCGGGUCAAUCUUGCGGCGUACAAAGAAGGUUCUUGCACACUCGAAAGUUCUUGAUCGCGAUUAUUGUCGGUGCAGCGGUUUUAGCCAUCAUGUUGACAACAUCAUGCUUCGUUGUUAUUCGAAAAUUCAAAGAAAGGAUCAUCACUAUCAAAGUGGAGAUGUUCCGGGGCUCCUCUUCACCCGUUAUGAGAUUGAAGUACCCGCGAAUAACAUAUAGAGAACUUGUUGAGGCGACCGAAGAGUUCAGCCAAGGAAGGCUUAUCGGAUCGGGUAGCUACGGGCGGGUUUAUCGCGGCGUGUUAAGAGAUGGAUCCAUUGUGGCAGUGAAGGUGUUGCACCUCCAAACAGGUAACUCUACAAAGAGUUUCAAUAGAGAAUGUCAAGUACUAAAGCGAAUUCGACACCGAAACCUCAUGAGGAUCAUUACGGCAUGUAGCCUACCGGAUUUUAAGGCGUUGGUCCUUCCAUUUAUGGCGAACGGGAGCCUCGAGAAUCGGCUUUACAAUAACAAUAAUAAUAAUAACUCAUUAGACUCAAACCCUGAAUUAGGCCUGAUUGAAAGGGUGAGUAUAUGCAGCGACGUUGCUGAAGGGAUGGCGUACUUGCACCACCACUCGCCGGUGAAGGUGAUACACUGCGAUCUUAAGCCGAGCAACGUACUUCUCAACGACGACUUGACGGCCGUCGUAUCGGAUUUCGGGAUCUCAAGGUUGGUGAUGGGCAAUAGCAAUGUUAGUGGAGGAGGAAAUAAUAACAAUAAUAAUAAUGUUGCAACUAUAGGGGAGAAUGUGGGGGCUUCCACUGCUAACAUGCUUUGUGGGUCCGUUGGAUACAUUGCACCAGAGUACGGGUACGGGUCGAACCUUUCGACGAAGGGUGAUGUGUACAGCUUCGGCGUGAUGGUACUGGAGGUGGUGACGAAGAAAAGGCCGACCGACGAGAUGUUCGAAGGCGGAUUGAACCUACACAGCUGGGUGAGUAGCCACCACCACCGAGGUCGGGCGGAGGCGGUGGUGGAUCCCACGUUGGUGGCGAUGGUACGGGGCGAGACAUCGGAGGUCAGAAGGAUGUGGGAGGUCGCAAUCGGCGAGCUACUCGAGCUCGGCCUGCUUUGCACUCAGGAGAGCCCGUCCACCCGGCCGACCAUGAUGAACACCGCGGACGACUUGGACCGCCUUAAGCGGUACCUCUCCGGCGAUACGACAGCGACUUUCGCCUCCUCCUUGGGCUUGUCUUCUUCUAGAUUUGACGAUGAUUGAAACGGUUUAGCGGAACGUAAUUUGCAUUGAAACGUUCCCACAGAAAGACAGUCUAACUAAUUGUUUAUAUAUAUCGCAAACAAAUGUUGCAUGCAAUGUACAAAUCUUAAAUGAAUGGAAAAUUUAGUAGAUGAUGAGGAUUUUCAUUGUCAUUG